CUCCCCGCACCCAUCUCUCUACACAUGUCUGUCUGUGUCUGUCUGUCUGUGCAUGUAUCUCAUCUUCCCUCCCGUUUACACAGCCUGACAUCCGUCCCCAGGAUUCUUCCCAGGGAAGUUCCCAUGGGGUGGAGCUGCUGACACCGUUAGGGGCUGUGCCUGGCUGGGAGAUACGAGUCUGAGAUCCCCCAGAAUGUUAUCUCAGCGCCGGGCGAGGGGUCCCCGUAUCCCAGCCUCCACCCCAGAGGGGCUGCGUCCCAGUGCCGGCUGGCCUGUGAUGCGGGACGAUGCCCCGGAGCCCCGGGUCCAGCGAGGAGGAGAGGGUCUCGGAGUAUCCCGAGGGGGAGUCGGACUCCGAAAGCUCCCGCGACGGCCCCCCCGGCGCUAGCCCCGGCCCCCUGGACCGCAGGACCCAGGGGCCCCCGAUGUCGGUGCCCGACGCCGCCCGCUUCAGUAUGAUGGUCUUUCGGAUCGGAAUCCCCGACCUGAACCAGACGAAAUGCCUGCGGUUCAACCCCGACGCAGCCAUCUGGGUGGCCAAGCAGCAAAUCCUCUGCACCCUGAACGAGAGCCUGAAGGACGUGUUGAACUACGGGCUCUUCCAGCCGGCCACCAACGGGCGGGACGCCAAGUUCCUGGACGAGGAGCGGCUGCUGCGGGACUACCCCCAGAGCUUUGAGAAGGGCGUGCCCUACCUCGAGUUCCGCUACAAGACUCGGGUUUACAAACAGACCAACCUGGACGAGAAGCAGCUGGCGAAACUGCACACCAAGACUGGCCUGAAGAAGUUCCUGGAGUACGUGCAGCAUGGGGCGGCGGAGAAGGUGGCGCGGCUUCUGGACAAGGGCCUGGACCCCAACUACCACGACUCGGACACGGGGGAGACCCCGCUGACGCUGGCAGCCCAGCUGGAGGGGACCGUCGACGUGAUCCGGCUGCUCUGCCUCGGGGGCGCACACAUUGAUUUCCGGGCACGGGACGGUGCCACCGCGCUGCACCGGGCAGUUUGCACCCGGCGCUACGGAGCCCUGACGGCGUUGCUGGACCUUGGGGGCUCCCCCAACUACAAGGACCGUAGGGGCCUCACCCCCCUGUACCACACGGCCAUGGUGGGGGGCGACCCACGCUGCUGCGAGCUGCUGCUCUACAACCAGGCCCACAUCGGCACCAUGGACGAGAACGGCUGGCAGGAGAUCCACCAGGCCUGCCAGCACGGGCACUCCCAGCAUCUGGAACAUCUGCUCUUCUACGGGGCCGAGCCGGGGGCCCAGAACGCUUCCGGGAACACGGCGCUGCAUGUCUGUGCCCUGUACAACAAGGAAAGCUGUGCCCGGAUCCUGCUCUACCGGGGGGCCAACAAAGAGAUUAAGAACAACAGCGGCCAGACGCCUUUCCAGGUGGCUGUGAUCGCCGGGAACUUCGAGCUGGGGGAGCUGAUCAAGAACCACCGGGAUGCUGACAUGGUCCCGUUCCAGGAGUCCCCACAGUAUGCAGCCCGGCGCCGAGACGGGGGGCGCAGCCUGGGGGUCCCCCACCUCCUCCUCCGGGCCAACAGUGACACCAGCAUGAACGUGCCCGACUGGAUGCUGUACGGCUCCCCCACUGCGCCCCCACCGCCGGCCACGGUGGCUGUGCAGGCCCCGAAGAUCGCCACAGGGACCCUGCGCAGCGCCAGCAGCCCCCGCGGCGCCCGCACCCGCUCCCCUUCCCGUGGGCGCCACCCUGAGGAUGGCAAGAGGCAGCAGCGUGGACUGCUGAGUGUGGGCGAAGGCGGGUUCUGGGAGGGGCAGGUGAAGGGCCGGGUCGGCUGGUUCCCCUCGGACUGCGUGGAGGAGGUGCAGACCAAGACACAGGAUGGAAAGCAAGAGAGCCGGAGCGACAAGGCCAAGCGCCUCUUCCGACAUUACACGGUGGGAUCCUACGACAGCUUUGACGCCCCCAGUGACUACAUCAUUAAGGAGAAGACGGUUUUGCUGCAGAAGAAGGACAACGAGGGGUUCGGUUUCGUCCUACGCGGAGCCAAGGCGCAGACCCCGAUCGAGGAGUUCACGCCCACCCCGGCCUUCCCCGCCCUGCAGUACUUGGAGUCCGUGGAUGAGGGGGGCGUGGCCUGGCGCGCCGGCCUCCGCAUGGGGGACUUCCUGAUCGAGGUAACGGUGGGGGGGGGGCGGCUCCCCAGCAGACGAAACGACUGCCCCCCCCCAGCCAUCUCGCUGCGCUCCAAAUCCAUGACCUCUGAGCUGGAGGAGAUGGUCUCCCCCUGGAAGAAGAGGAGUGAUUACGAGCCGGCGCUGGCCACGGAGAAGAAGAGGACGGUCUAUCAGAUGGCGCUGAGUAAGGGAGGGGAGUGGGGUCCGUCAAACUUCGAGCCGCAUCGGAUGGGGCAGCCCAGCUACGAGCGCCCGUCGUACCUGCCCCCCGGUGCCCCCCAGGGCCUCAUGCUGCGCCAGAAAUCCAUCGGCUCGGUGGAGGAUGAGAAGCCCUACUUGGCUCCCCCAGCCAUGAAAUUCAGCCGCAGCUUGUCCGUCCCCGGUUCAGAGGACAUCCCCCCGCCCCCCACCACCUCCCCUCCGGAGCCCCCUUACAGCGCCCCCCCUUCCGCCACGGGCCGCCUCACCCCCGCCGUGCGCUCCACCUUCAACCCGGCCGCCGAGGCCAAGCUCUACCCGGCCUCGCUGCACCAGGAGCCGGCCGCCUUCGAGGGCCCGGCCCGUCGCGAGAAGCUGGCCAUGUACCGCCAGGAGCUGGAGCGGGGGGCCGAGGCUGGGCCCACCCGGGGCUGGCGCGGGCACCACGCGCACCCGGAGCUGCGUUACUACAACCUGCCGGCCCGGGCGGCCAGUGCCGCCAUGUACGUCCCGGCCAAGCCGCUGCGCCGGAAAGGCCCGCUGGUGAAGCAGACCAAGGUGGAGGAUGAGCAGAGGCAGCAAGGGGCUGCCCCCCAGACUCAGCCGCCCGCCCCGGCGCCGCCCGCCUCGGCGCCACCCGCCCCCGAGAAGAACUCCAUCGCCAUCCCCACCAUCGUCAUCAAAGCCCCCUCCACCAGCAGCAGCGGGCGCAGCAGUCAGGGAAGCAGCAUGGAGACGGAGGGGCAGCCGGAGCCGGCCCCGGUGCCGGCUCUGCCCCUCCACAACAGCAUGGACUUCACCAGCCAGUUCGGCGCGGCUCUGGUGGGGGCGGCGCGGCGGGACCGGGAGUGGCACAGCGAGGCCCGCCGCCGCUCCGCCCUCUUCCUCUCCACCGAGGUGCCAGAGGACGAGGCGCCCGAGCCAGCUCCGGCGCCCCGGCUCCGGCACUCGAAGAGCAUCGACGAGGGCAUGUUCUCAGCCGAGCCCUACCUGCAGCUGAGUUACGCCCAGCCCCUGCCGCCGGGCACCUAUUACCAGCCUCGCACCGCCAAGGCCUACGGGGGUGCCGGCACCACCAGCGCCUUCACCACCGUCUGCUCCAGCUUCCUGCCCCAGCUCCAGCCCCGGCCGGGCGGCGGGAACGCCCCGCCCCUCAUCCACCCGCUGACGGGCAAGAUCCUAGACCCGGGCUCGCCCCUGGGCCUGGCGCUGGUGGCCCGGGAGCGGGCGUUGCAGGAGUCGCACUCUCAGCAGCUGCAGCAAGGCCGGGCGGAGGCGGAGGAGCGAAGAUCCCGCCCGUCCUCGCCCCGGUUCGGGGAGGUGGCGCCGGAGCCCUCCGGAGGAGGUGGCUCCAUCCUGCGCCUGUGGGGGGCGCCGGCGGGUGAGCCGCGCCCGGAGAGCCCCCGGCGCCGGGCCCCCUCUGAGCCCAAGGGCGCCCCGUGGGCAGGGGAGAAGCGGGGGGAGGAGGGGGCCGGGGGCGAGAAGCUGCACGUGCGCUUUGUGGAGAACUGCCGGCCCCGGGAGGAGAGCGAGCCGGCGCCGGCCCGGGUUGUGGAGGAGAACGGGCUGCCCCUGCUGGUCCUCCCGCCGCCGGCUCCCUCCAUCGACGUGGACGACGAGUUCCUCUUCACAGAGCCGCUGCCCCCGCCGCUGGAGUUCUCCAACAGCUUCGAGAAGCCCGACUCCCCCAAGGCAGGCCGGGAGCCCCCCGCCGUCCCCGCCCCGGAGCCAGCGCCCGCCCCGCCGCCGCCCGCGCCGCCUGCCACCGCCGCCCUGGACUCCACCACCUCCAGCCUGACCUCCUACGACAGCGAGGUGGCCACGCUGACCCAGGGCGGGGCGCCCGAGCCCCGGGAGGCCCCCCACGUCAACUUCUCCUCGGUGGUGUCCUCCAUCCAGAUCCCGGCGCCCGAGCCCCCCGAGGCGGUGACCGACUCGGGCAUCGAGGAGAUCGACAGCCGGAGCAGCAGCGACCACCACCUGGAGACCAUCAGCUCCGUCUCCACCCUGUCCAGCAUGUCGGGGCUGUCCAGCGAGGGGGCGGAGCUGCUGGAUAGUUACGUGACCUACCUGGACGGCCAAGCCUUCGGCGGCCCGGCGGAGAAGCCCGGCAAGCUACGUUCCCGGCCCUUCCCCGCCCGCCGCGACCCCGCCACCCCCACCAGCUCCACCAUCUCGGUGGCGGCCUGCGCCGAGAGCGUCUUCGCCCUCACGCCCGCCCCGGCCCAGGAGCCGCCCGCCCCGCAGCGCCGCUCGCCCACCCUGCCCUGGGAGGAGGGCGGGGCGGCCAAGCCUUCGCCCGUCUCGGCCAUGAAAGCCAGCAUCAUCAGCGAGCUGAGCUCCAAGCUGCAGCAGAUGAGUGGGGUGUCGUGGGCCCGGUCCCCCGACGGCGCGGGCCCCUUCGGCGCCGACCGGCCCAGCUCCCUGCAGCGCCAAAGGCUCCCCGAGGAUGCGUCGGGCCCCUCCAAGCCGCCCAGCAGCCUGUUCCACAACUGGCCCAAGGCGGGGCCGGGCGCCAAGCCCCCGAAAAGCGUGGAGUUCGACAUCCGCCCGGCGCUGCGCCGCGCCCCCAGCCCCGCCGCCCUGCCCAGCGAGCACAAGAUCAGCCCGGCCCCCCGCCCCUCCUCCCUGCCCAUCCUGCCCUCCGUCCCCCUCUACGGCGGCAUCUACGACCUGCGCGGCUCCCCCCCCUCCGGCCCCUGCCCCUUCCCCGACUUCCCCUCCGGCAGCCGCUCCCUCUCGCCCACCCACUUCCUGCCCCCGGCCACGGACAAGCCCUUCGGCGCCAAGCCCCUGCCUUUCUGGACCAAAUUCGACGUGGCCGACUGGCUGGAGUACCUGAAGCUGGGCGAGCACCGCGACCGCUUCCUGGACAACGAGAUCGACGGCUCCCACCUGCCCUCGCUCACCAAGGAGGAUUACAUCGACCUGGGCGUCACCCGCGUCGGGCACCGCAUGAACAUUGACCGCGCCCUCAAGCUCUUCCUGGAGAGGUGAUGAGAGAAUCCCCCGCCCCCAGGAGAGGGGAGCCCCCAGCCGCCCCGAGGACACAGAGGCCUGAAUGUAUCGGACGCCAGGAGCAAGGAGAAGCCGUGCGGCAAUGCCCCCCCACCCCCCAGAGAGUGAGGGGCCCCCAGGAUGACCCCCCCCUUGGAAAGAAAGGGGCCUUGAAUCCCAUGGGGGGGGCAGAGGGUGCUGGGAGCCGAGGGAGGGAACUGCGCCGGCUUGCACCAUCGCUCACGUGCGCAUUUGCUUGUGCACCGGUUUGCACCGUUGCUCACUGGUGCACCCAUCAGCAUAAUCACUAGUGCGUGCGCGCUCUGUGUACCGUCCGUUGCAACGUGUACCCUCGGCUAGGCGUUAGCUUGUCCAUUUGCCCACUGCGAAUCAGCAGACGUCGUCGCUUGUGCAUGCACACUCGCUGCCAUCUCACACUUGCUCACAGGUGUAUAUUCGCCUAGGCAGCGGCUUGCACCAUUGCUCAUGUGUGCACGCUCCCCUGUGCACCCUCUUGCAUCAUCACUAGUGUGUGCACGCUCUAUGUACCAUCUGUUGCACAUCUGCAUUCAGCUAUGCGCUUGCUUGCACAUUUGCACACUGAAAAUCAGCGUACACUGUCAUUUGUGUGUGCACACUCGCCAUAUCACACCAUUGCUCAUGUGGACACUUAGUUGCAUGUGGGGUUGCACCAAUGCUUGUCUGCACAUUCAGCCUCAUGACCGCUUGCACCAUUGUCCACGUGCUCAUCUGCUCGUGCCAUCAGUCACGGACACAUUCAGCUGCUUACCAGCUCGCACCAUCACUCGCACGUGCACACUUGGAGCACUGGCUUGCACCAUUGCCUGCACGAGGACAGUUGCCAUUGCUUGUAUGUGCACCUUCACCAUACCCUCCCUCACCAUCCCGCACACUAGCCCCUGCUCUACCCUGCCACACAGACCGGGUCACGCUUUCUCACGUACGUGUCAGGGGCUGCAUGUGCCUUGCUGGGCUGUCCGUGGGUUCAGGGUGAACCACCCCUCCCUAGUGCUCCAAGGGGAGGGGUGAAUUGGGGAGCAGCAGGAUUGAGGGGGGGACAGGCACAAGAUGGGGGGGCUCCUGAGGGUGAUCCCAACUGGGGUGGGGGGACUGUUGGCCAG